GCCGCCCACCGGAGGUGGUGUCACAUGAGGGCGCGCGCUCCGCUUGUCUGGCCGCGCGGCUGAAGCGGAUGAGCAGAUGAGAGAGCGGCUCCGGCGAAGGAUGGCGGAGCUCUGAUUUAAUCACUUCUGGGGGAAAACAAGUGAGCAGGCGAGCGGCGCAGAACUGCCCGAGGACAACCAUUCCUCUCAGAGAAAGCAGAGGGCAUCGGCCUCGCUCUCCGGCCGCCAGCAUGAUGAAAGGCUGCCUGCAGUUCCUUAUCGAGCCGGCCAAGAAGCUCAAGAUCAGACUCAAGGAGUCUCGUAAGAGAGUGAAGCAGGAGAAGAAGGAGCCGCUGGUGGAGAGCCAGCUGUUCAUCAUGGAGCUGGGCCGGGAGCUGAACAGAAUCUGUCAGAGAUCCAACAUCCUGAGCCACAUCUGGACCGGCGAGGACAUCUGGCCUGCCGGCGUUUGCAGAGACUUCAUCGUGGACUGGGCUGCCAUUUUGGAAAAGAGAGUGCAGCACAAGAUCAUGCCGUCCGAGUUCCAGUACGAGAAGCCGGAGAAGCGGGACUGGAAGGGCCACCUGCUGUGCAUGCUGGAGUCGGAGGGCGAGUACGACAUGGGCCCCUACAGGAGAGUCAUCUUGGACUGGACCCGAGAGAUUAAAAGCAGGGCCCAGCCUCCUGUCUGGCCAGGCGAGCCGGUCCUCAUGAUGCUGGACGAUCUGGAGCUCCAGUGGAAGAAGGGCCGCCUCCCCAACCUGCUGCCGGCCGUGGAGCUCAUCAUGCUGGCCGUGCUGAACGCCGACAGUCCAGUAAAGGAGGAUGUGACCAAGCAGUGGCUGGUGAAGAAGCAGAGGAGCCAGAGGAUUGAUGCCGUCCGCUACAUCCCACACGGCGUCUGGAAUUGGAUUUGCGAUGCAUCAGAGGAUGUGAUCCUGGACUCAGACUCUGCCAACCCCAACCUGCUCAUCUCCACUGACGAGAAACGGCUGAGGUGCGGCCUGGAGCGCCGCGUCGUCCCGCCCUGCACGGGGCGCUUCGAUGGCUGGUGGUGCGCCGUGGGCAAGGAGGCCUACUCCUCCGGACGCCACUACUGGGAGGUGGAGGUGGGCGAGAGGGACUGGCGUCUGGGCGUGGCCAAAGCCUCCGCCGUGAGGCAGGGCUUCCGCUCCCUGAACACGGACACGGGAUACCUGACCAUCCGGCUGGAGAGGGGCACGGAUCUGAAAGCCCUGACCGUGCCCGCCACCCUCUUACCCCAAAAUGCGACACCCAGAAAAGUCGGGGUGUAUCUGGACUACGAGCUGGGCCAGCUGUCCUUCUACGAUGUGGAGAAGCGAUCGCACCUGUACACCUACAAUGAGAACUUCACAGAGGAACUGUACCCCCUGUUCGGGACGGUGGAGGUGGUCAAAGACCUGGUGGUCCGGCCCGCGGGCGUGCGGCAGCCGUGCCUCUGCCCCGGGCCGUGCUUGUGGACCUGAGCCGCUCGUCGGUCUCUUCAAACCUGAUUCUCCACAGCCCACCGAGUCUCGCGGUGAGGUGCCUGGUGAGAUCAGGAUCCAGAACUGCCACCCAUCCACAUUACACUUUGUGUUUCUCUGCCUUCAUGGAGACUUAGUGAAUUGGACUCUUUGUAUUUUACUGCUAAAUGUUUUAAGCAUCAGGUAAAAACAGCCAUUUUGUGGUAAUUUUUCACUCUGAGCUUUUUGUGAAACAUCUAGAACAUAAAAAACCCCAUUAGACUUUCAUACUACGCAUUUUUAUCGGCCAUUUUUCAUGACUUGAAGUUUAAAGUGGGAGCAUAAAGGCUCCUGGUGCAGUCACGCUGUCCCUGUGUCUUAGCAAGUGCUCCUCUGCAGAUAAUCAGACUGGACUGACGCAUGUGAGCUCUUAAUCUGCCUGAUUCUUCUUCUAAAGCUUCCCGCAAACACUUCCAGGCAUGAGCUUGUUUAUGCAUCUGUGCUGUUGUUGUUGUGCUAAAUAUGAUGAUGGUGAACAUGAAUAAAUCAGAAAUGCCCCA